UUUGAAUAAAGAUGGGGUGCAGUGCAUCUGAAGAGAGGGAGAGGAAGAGAGGAAGAGGAGAAUUGGAACAAACUUUGGAGAUUGGAGGAGGGAUGGAGGAGAUUAAGGUCUUUGAGUCGUAUAAGAGGGUUACUAUUGAUGAGACGAGUGAUGGAGUGAUAUGUCAGACGAAAGAGGGCAAGACUUUCCUGCCAGGGACUCUUGAUGAUUAUAAAAUGGUUGUUCAGUCUAGGAUAUGGAGGAUAUUUAUAGAUAGUGAAACAGCAGCAUUUAUGAGAGAUGAAAUUAAAAAGAGUAUCUUGAAGAAGAAAGCAGAGAAAGAAGAAGCUGAGAAGAACAACAAGGCUGGAGCACCUUACGACCCUAAGAAGUCUGUAGUUGUUCAAAAUAUUCAGAAAAUCAUUGACGACUACCAAAGAGUAGUUAAUUGCAUUGAGGAAGCAAUGGAUAAAGAAGAAGUCCCUCCAGAACAAAAGCAGGUAGCUAUGCCCUCAGCACAUAAAGGAAUUAAACAGAUCUCAAAAUCUACAGUUGCUAAUUGGAUUAAAAAAUACAGCCAAAAGAGGUACCAGGAUUUUGUGAAGAAAGAGAAAUUGGGGCUACAAGGCGAUUUGUGGGUGACUUGUAAGAUUGAGAAAGACAUUUUGAAGAAGGCACAGGAGAUGGGAGCAAAGAGAUUGCCCGAUUUGAAAGCAUUUUUUAUUGAUAUGUGGAAGGAAAAUGAACAAUUUGGGAUGAAGAUAGUGCAGAGGCACUUUCCUAAUAAGGUUGGGUGGUUUAUCUUGAGGGUUAGAGGAAACAAAAAGAAGAGGAAGAGUAUUGAACCGUACUGGGGCUGAUUGAGUGUGGUGGCGGAGAGGGCUGUGAUGAGGCUUUCUCUUGUGAAUUUUAUGGUUUCGAGGAAGAGACUUGAGGAUGUGUUUGGAAAGUUUGCAAAAGUUCAGAAACUUGGGUUUACAAGAUGCAGAGUUUUGGGACAAGGUGUUUGGAUAGAUCCUAAAAUAAAGUUUUCUAUUAUAAGACUUGCUUUUGCAGAUUGUGGAAACAACAUUUGAAGUAACUGGAAUGAAACUCCUGAACAUUUGUGGGACAUCAUUGAGCAAAUUGGGAAAUCAGACUUGAAGAACUCACUUAAAUCCUGCCACUUUUUUAACAAUGAUAAGGUUAGGAUGAAAGCAAAAGAUAUUAAGGAAAAGUUUGAAAUUUAUGAACUGACUAGCAUUGCUUUGAUGGUUAAUAGGGAGAAGGUGAUGAGCGAAGAUGGAAUAAAAGGUGAGGUUUCGGAGGAGGAUGAUGGGGUUUCGGGCAGUGCGGAAUCACUCGAGGGAGAGGAAGGUAGUGUUGAAGAGUCUGAUGAUGAUAAACAGUCUUCUGAGAGUGAUGAAAAUUCAAGUAGUGAGGAAUGCCAAAGUUCUGAAUAUUAAUUUCAAAAACAAAAUUUAUCAA